CGCGGGCCUGCCCGCUCGGGGCCGCGGGGAAUAACGGUGAGGCGGCGCUUUGCGGGAGAGCCCACGCGUCCCGUCCCGUCCAGUCCCGCCCCGGCAGGGGUGGACGAGGCCCCCUGACAGCGCACAGCGGCAAGGACAGCCCUGCGCUCGGGCGGCUGCGGCACGGCCGUGCGGCUCUAACGGUGUCCCCGCGGCGCAGCUCCUGCGUGACGGCGCGGCUGCGGGCCCUGCAGCACCGCUCCCCAGCGGAGUAAGCGGGCGGGUAAAGCCUCUUAUUUAAUGCCUUUCGGUUAAAUAACCGCAUCUCUCCACGAGGAGCGGCUCGUUUCUUUGAAUGCAAUGACUCAGCAGCUACAGGAUGAAUUUGACAGCAGCGUGGAGAAUGCAGAAGCUUGGAUGAAGGCCAUCCAAGAGAGACUGAGCAUCAAUGACAACACCAAGGGACCACGAUCUGCCCUAGAAGCCAGGCUGAGAGAGACAGAGAAAAUACGUGAUCUGGAGCCAGAAGGCACGUUGAAAAUGGACUUGAUUCUCGCAAAGGCAGAUGCUGCUCUUCACUGUAUCAGUGAGGAUAAGAAACACGAAGUACUGUCUAAGCUGAGACACAUUAAAGCCUUGUGGGAAGAGACAGCCAUUUACAUUACUCACUGUCACAGCCGUAUUGAGUGGGUCUGGCUGCACUGGAGUGAGUACCUGAAAGCUCAAGAUGAGUUUUACAUAUGGAUUCACAACAUGAGGGUGACCUUGGAGCCUGACAUUGAGUUGCAGCUUGGCUUAAAGGAGAAGCAGUGGCAGCUGAGCCAUGCUCAGGUUCUGCUGAAUGAUGUCUUAAAUCAGUCGGUCCUGCUGGAAACGCUGCUAGAGGAAGCUGCUUCCUUGUUCAACAGGAUAGGUGACCCCAGUGUUGAUGAGGAUGCUCAGAAGAAAAUGAAGGCGGAAUAUGAAAGCAUCAGGGAAGAAGCUGAGAGCAGAGUGAAAUUGCUUGAGAAGAUAACUGAAGAGCACAAGAAGUACAGCGCUAACAUCAACCAGUUUCAAUCGUGGCUGAAUGGUGUGACGAAAAGAUUAAACUGCUGCAUUGGAGAAGCAACCAAGUCUUCAGCAGAGGACAGACUAAAGGCAGUGAAGGAAAUUGCCAAAAACAUUAGGAAUGGUGCAAAGAAAUUGAAGCAUCUUGAAAAUCAAUGCGCAGAUGUGAUUCAAAAUACCUCCCCACUGGGAGCUGAGAGAUUGAAGGACGAACUCGAUGAGCUGAGAAAAGCCUUGGAGAAGUUGAAACUGCUGAGCAAUGAGGAGGAGCAGAGAUUGCUCAAGAUUCAACAGUCAGAAAGUGCCUACAAGUCCCAAGCCAAACAAUUAGAAGCAGAUAUCCAGGAAUUCAGAAAAGGUCUACAGAAACUAGAAAAUGAUUUGGACCCCGGGGAAAGAGAAAAGACUGAAGAUGAGUUUGUAGCUCAGUGGAGAAAAUGCAAUGCAACAAGAGCAGUUCUGGCUGCAGAAGAGUCGAAAGUUGAGAGGCUGAAGGCUCAGCUGAAGGAACUGCUGCGCUUUUCUCAGGAUGUGCAGCCACACGCUGACAGCGUCAUCUCUGCAAUACGGGAAUAUCAAAGUGUUAAAGGAAAGACAUCUAAAAUGAGCACUGAUACAGAAACUCAACUGAGCAGACUUUUCCAAAAUCCCCUGCAAAGUUUUGGACAAUGGAAGCUAACUGUCCAGAUGCUCCUGGAGACUCCAGAGCCAGCGUUGGAUCAGAUUGAGGGUGCUCUAGCUGAAAGUUCACAGUUCAAAGAAAAGCUGAUGACAUUACAGCUGAAGAAAGAUUUGCUAAACAAUAUCCUUGGAGAGGACAAAGCAAAAUCCUUCCUGGAAGAAGUAGCUGAAGCUUCAAAGGAGAGAGAAAUUCUGCACAAAAGUUUACUGCAAAGAAAAAGCAAACUCCAAAAUUUGAUACUGCAGCAUAAGGACUUUGAUGCUGCUUUUGAACCUUUGCAGAAGAAAUUAUUUGCCAUCAAAGCCAAAUUAGACUUGGAGAAUGAACCACAGCCUAACCUUUUGGGUAAAAAGACACAACUCCAGAGACUCCAGAUGAUCCAAGAUGACUUGGCAGAGAUUGCAAUUCAAAUGGAAGAGGUAGAGAAGCUUGUUCAGUCAAAUGCAACACAUAGACAUGAAAUGAACCAACUUCUGUCUGACAUUCAGGCCCUGAAGAGAUCACUGGAGAUUAUGAUACAGCAGUCUGAAGAGCAUGUUCAGAAGCACUGGGCAUUCAAUGACAAACUGUCUGACCUCCAGCAGUGGAUCACUGCAACCACUGAGAAGAUUGGCUCCUACCAGGAUGGUGAUGUGAAGCAGAGCAACGAGAGCAGGGUGGCAGACCUUGAGAGAUGGCUAGCUGAGUUUCCAGAUAAGGAGAUCCAGCUGCACCUUGUGGAAGCUCAUGGCCAGCUGGUCAUGGAGAAUUCUUCCCCAGAAGAGACUGCCCAUGUUCAGGCAAAUCUGGAUCAGCUGAAGGAGUCUUGGAGAUCACUGAAAGAACUGGCAACUGGUCUUCUCAAAAGGUGGCAGUUAAACAGACCAAUGGCUGAUAAGAAGAAAAUAGCAUUUGUGGAUAGCAGACACGUGUCUGGAUCAGUCCAUUGUUUAGAUCUCAACCAUAAGCAGGAGAAGACAGCAGAAGGGCAAAGAGUAAGCAGCCGCGUUAAGCUCCAGCUUGACUUUGAAGAGUGGUUGCAAGGAGAAAACACCAAACUCUCCAAAAUUCUUGCUGUGAAUUUGUCUUCCACAGAGGAAAUCAAGACACGCCACAAAGAACUGGAGGAGCUGCAGGCUCGUGUGCCUGAUGGUCAGCGUCGCUUUGAGGACCUUCUUCGUUUUCAUCCUGUCACUGGAAAUUCUGAAGAUCUGGAAGACCUGCGUUACCGUUGGAUGCUUUACAAAUCUAAACUGAAAGAAUCCAUGAGUUCGCCGAUUACUGGAUCUUCAGAAAAACCAGACAGAUUCAGAAAGAAGCGUUCUGGAGGCAUGUGCUCUUUCUUGCAUCGAGUAUGCUGGGCAUCGCUACCAUUGCAACUGCUCCUCUUGUUCCUCCUGCUCCUGGCCUUCCUCCUGCCCUUGGCAGAGAAGACGCACAGCUGCACGCUGGCCAACAACUUUGCUCGCUCCUUCAACCUGAUGCUGAGAUACGAGGGCCCACCUCCAACCUAACUACUGGACAUGGCAAGAGAGCAUUUGGGCUGACCUGGAAACACCCAGAGCAAGUGAAGCAAAGAUAAAAUUGCUGCUGAUGGAGGAAGGUUGUGCAGAAUGUACGUGCUCCAUUCUAACCCUGUGAGAUUCAAAUGCCAGCUUUUCUGUAACACCGUGCCACUGUUUGAAUAGAAUUCUUUGGAACACAAAGAAAAUGUGCAUUUGCUAAAUCACAUUACAAUUCAAUAUCAUUUAUUGGGGUUAGGCUCUAACACCACCUCUUUCUGUUGCACCCCUCAGUCCUAAACCUACUGAGACAAAGGCGGAUUUUGUCAGAUCCUCAGACCUGAGGUUGCCUCCAGCCCCGUGCAGUAAGUGAGCAGUGUGCUGCUGUAGCCGCUGCUGGCAUCUGUAAAGACUGAUGAUCACAACACACGUGUGGGGAUGCACAGCUCUCAUUAGCAGCCAAGUCAUUGCUGUUUUCUUUCCUGAGUUGUUACGAGACACAGCCUGCCAAGGUCUCUGGCAUGAAAGGGCUCCGUAGGCAGUUCCUUCUGGAGGAGUGGGAAACCACUGCGAUUUUAGGUUAACCCACAGGUUGGGUUCCCUGUUGCCUUUAUGAACACACUGAUCUUUAGCCAGGCCUUUGUGACUUCUCUCAAAAUGCGUGUGAUGUGGCUCUGUGCCUGCCCAUAAGCUGUCUCCUGCUAAGGCCCCAGAAGCACAAAUGCAAAUACUUUGGCUGACCAUAGCUGUGUCAAGAUCAGAACAGCAGCUCAAAUCCCUCCCAGAAGAGAACAGUGUAAAACAAGUGAAAGCUAUGAAGGGAGGCAGAUGCAUUGCUCUGAGGGCUGCAGCC